AUGGCACAAACGGCAGCCGGGGCUUCGGCUCCUGCACCUUCUGGCAUGAUGAUGGCCCCUGUGCCAGUGACGGAGCUGGCACUGCGUGCUACCCACGGGAAUCAGAAAUUUCUGUUCACGGCCUCGGUCUUUGACGACACGGCCAACUUGCCCAAUCUGAUUGCUACCCAGUACCAACGCAGUUUUAACAAGCCCAUCAAAGUCGUUUCGGUCAAGACUGCCGAUGGUGCACUAGUGGGCCCAGGCAUGCGCGUUCAAGCUUUGUCCAACCUGCAGGAACUGGUGAUCACCACCACCCAGGGCAAAGAUGCGCAAAAUGCCACGACCGCCACCCCAACUGCGGCAAACUCGGGAGCUGAACCCUCAGCCAAGCGCAAGAAGCGGGCCAAGGCCAAGGUCAAAGCUCAAAAUCAGGGUCAACCUACUCCGGCCGCUACUCCGGCCGCUACUCCAGCCGCUACCCCCGGUCGCCCAACCUCUUCGGUUGCCCCCGCAGUAAGCACGCCAGCAGCAGCACCCGAACAAGCCCCGAAGCGCCGUGGCCGUCCCAAAAAGAAUUCUGCCCCCGCAGAUUCCACCACCCCAGCCCCUGAAACCAGCAGUGCACCUCCAGCUGUUGCAGAGGCCCCUGCUCCCAAGAAGCGUGGGCGUGCCAAGAAGCAAACCGAUGCGACCACCCCAGCCACAGCCACAGCCACCGCCACCGCCACCGCCACCCCGAAAAAAGCCACUACCACCGCCACCCCAAAAAAGGCCGCCUCCAAGGCCUCGGCCAAAACCUCUGCAGCUGAAAAGGACGCUGCUCCUGAAGCUGAGGCUCCCCCCAAAAAGCGACGUGGCCGCAAGCCCAAGGAAGCAAGCGCUGCCACCAACCCCGCGCCGUCUCCUGCCCCAGCCCCGCCAGUACCGGAAGCGCCCAAGAACACGCGCAAGGCUCUGCCGGGUGAGCCCGCCUGUCUCAUCUGCAAGACCUUUUUGCCCAACGUGGACUCGGAGGAUCAGUGCCCCAACUGUGGAUUUGAGGGUGCAGGUGUUGACGCACGUGAAAAGCGCUUGCUGGAAUCUGCCUCCCAGGGAACAUCUCAGCCAACUGUCGUUGCGACGCCCACGACCCCUGCGAAGAGCACCGAGAAAGCAAGCCCUAAGCCGGCCAAGUCGACACAAGCAACACCCAAGCCUACCCCCAAGCCUGGUGCUCAAGAGGUGAGCACCCCUGCAGCCAAGAAAGUGGCAAGCAAGCAGCCUUCUGAUUCUGAGGAUAGCGAGGAUAGCGAAGAUGACCGCGAUGACGAGAAGCGUGAUGCCAGCGGUGCUGAAGAAGAGAGCAGCAGCAGCAGCAGCAGCAGCAGCGAUGGUAGCAGCGAUGGCAAGGCCGAUGCCGCUGAGCACCAAGAAGUUGUUAGCGCAACGCCAGAGGUCACCAAGAGCUCGUCCAUGCCACCGGCCAAUGGCAAGGUCGCCUCACCUACCGCCAAGACAACUCCAAGCAAUGACAGUGAAAGCGAUAGUGAAGAGGAUGGGAAGGAUUCCACCUCCUCCGAGGACAGCGAGGAGAGUGCUGAUGACGACGCUGCGGAUAAGGUGUCGACCAGCAAGACCGAAGUGUCGGCUUCAAACAACAAGGAGGCCAGCCCCCCAGCCACCCGCAAAUCUACUCGCGCCGCUACAGCUGCCGCUACAGCUCAAAAAGCAACCACGCGGCGAGCGGCUCAAAAAGAAAAGGCCUCUCAGGAGUCAAGUGACUCGGAGGAUGAUUCGGAAGACGAAGCUGACGGUCUUUUCAACGAUGCAGCCAAAUCUAAGACCAAGGCAACCAAGCCCAAGCCCAAACGUGUCAAGGCAAACCCUGUUCUGAAGAGCAUUGCUGCUGUGAAUGACCAAUGGGCGGAAGAGCAGGUGCACACCCCGCCACCGAGUACUGGCAAAAAGAGCGUCGGUCACAGGGUACUAAGCCGUAAAAAAGCCAAUGGCAAGAAGUAGAUGUGCCUGUCUUAGUCUUGACAAGGCAGCCGAGCGGACGAGAACAUAGCUUGAGCACUGUGCUGAAGGGAUUCUUCUUCAUCCUCCAUAUCAUUUUGCAAGCGAGACCCGCCCCCAUCUGGGUUGACGACAUUGACAUCUGGCAAGAUUGUGAGGGAGGAGAUUGAUAGUUUGGAUGUUUGUUCAUGUGUCGUCUUUCGUUUUUUAUGCCCCAUCCACUGUCCGUGGAUAAAUCCAUCAUUCUCACC